CCGGAGCUGGGAGAAGACCAAGGAAGUGACAGCGGAGUUUUUUUUUAAAUACUAAAGUUUUUCGCUUCCUGAAAUGUAAACUGGAAUUAAUUUCUGUUUUUUUUUCCGGAGAGGAGAUUUCCAUUGAGGCCUUUUUGUCGAGUUCAGUGCACCCACAAAAUGACAAGUUGCACGAAAACAGGUGAGGAAGGCGCGGACUCACCGGCGCCCAUUGACUUCUACUCAGUCCCUGUGACCGCGCUGAGGGUCGCCGUGAGGAAGAGGCUGGCCCUCCUCCUCAAUCCCAAGAAAAUGGUGGCGGCGGACUGGACGGAACUCGCUGAGGAGAUGGGCUUUCACUACCUCGAGAUCAGGAACUACGACCGGUUAGAGAACCCUACCGGUAAGAUGCUGGACGAAUGGGAAGCCAAGGACGGUUCUUCUGUGGGCAAAUUGCUGGAACUACUCCGGAAGAUUGAACGAGACGAUAUCCUUGAAGACCUCACGCCAGCUAUUGUGGAGUGCUGCAGACAAUAUCUCAACAAACCCGUUCAGGUGCCAUCAGUGGAUAGCAGUGACCCUAAGAGCACAGGAGUUACACCUGAAUUCUUCGAUGCCUUUAUUUGCUAUUGUCAAGCUGACAUCGAGUUUGUCCACGAAAUGAUCAAGCAGCUUGAGCAGACUGAGUACAAACUGAAGCUGUGUGUAUUUGAUCGUGAUGUGCUACCAGGGUCAUGCAUCUGGACCAUAUCCAGUGAGCUCAUUGAGAAAAGGUGUAAAAGAAUGGUGGCAGUAAUCUCUGAUGACUUUUUGGUUAGCGAUGAUUGUGAUUUUCAAACAAAGUUUGCUCUGAGUCUUAGUCCAGGUGCCCGAGACAAACGGCUGAUCCCUGUCAAAUACAAACAUAUCAAGAAAGAGUUUCCCAGUAUUCUCCGCCAUAUUACUCUUUGUGAUUACACAAACCCAAGCACUAAAUCAUGGUUCUGGAAGAGGCUUGCAAAGGCACUCGCACAGCCUUGAGAGAGCCUAGACGAGGAAUGGAAGUACUCAAGUUUGGUUGGUGUAAAAACUGUGUGGGGAUUCUACCAUAAGGUGACUCGAUGAACUGUACUCAAUGACUGGCUCCAUUAUCUUGACCACUUCAUGCUUUCUUCAGUAUUAAAAGAACUGGAUGUAUUUCACCUGGUGGCCAAAUUUAAUUUAAAUGAAAGGAAGUUUUGGAGCAAGCAUAAAAAUGGUUCAGAUCAUGUGCCUGAGGAAUUGCAAACUAUUAUUACUUUUUUUUUAAUGUUUCUCAGCUAUAUAAUUGCCUCAUGGAAAAGUCAAUCACCAUAUCUAUGCCUUUAAAUGAAGCCACUGAAAAGCCUGUAGUCAUACUGUAUGUAGAUGUUCUAUUUGGCCAGUUGUGUUUUCAUGGGCUCAAAAUAGUGCACCUGCUUCUUUCUUUCACCUCCCUCUGUCACAUGAGAAGAGAGUGCCUAGUUUGUUUUCCGAUAACUGACAUAAAAUUACUUUGGGAUCUAAAAUGUUGGCCAUGUUGGAGAAAACCAUAUUGCCCUCAUGGUAACAGAAAAAUCAAGCAAUGCAGCUGCAAACAAGGUAGUACAAUUAUGAUUUGUUGGGAGUUCUAAGUCUUCAGAUUAAAGUUUGGCCUGAUGAUGUCAAAUGA